GACCUACUAACACACAUCCAUGAGUCAGGAGCCAUACUGGAAGCAAAAAACAAAGAGGAAAUUAUUUUCCUUUCGUCAAAAAUUAAUGGACUCAAAUAUUUCUUGACAUUUUGUGGUGAUGAAUGCAUAACUAAUUCGCUCAGGACACUUCCUGCCAUUUCGUCGUCCAUCAAACGAGAAGACAAAGUGGAAAUGUUUUGUGAAGAGCAGUCGAUAAUCCCUCGUGGAAGGUAUCUUUAGAAAAUAUCAGCAUUAUGUGAACAUUUAAAUACACCUGAGGAAACUUAAAUAUGCAAUCAGUCAAGCAAGAGGUCGACUGCAGUCAGCCCUAUCGUGGAGGCCAUGCCCUGCUGCUGGAUCUGGCCUUAGAAGGGGCUAACAGAGACCUGACGGGUAACCAUGUCUCUGCUAUGCCAUUCAAGGCUAAAACUGCCUGUCGCAGGAAAAGGGAGUUUAUCCCCGACGAGAAGAAGGACACCCUUUAUUGGGAGAGGCGCCGCAAAAACAACGAGGCGGCCAAACGGUCGAGGGAGAAGCGGCGUAUCAACGACAUGGUGCUUGAAAACAAGCUGAUGGCCCUCGGGGAGGAGAAUGCCUCCCUCAAAGCUGAGCUGCUGUCACUCAAGCUCAAGUUUGGCCUGUUGAGUUCAGCGGCAUAUGUGCAAGAAUUCCAAAAGUUAUCGACCACCACAAGCAGCAACCAUUAUCAGGAAUUUUCCAUGACCAGUGCUAACCGAAGUUCCUUCAGCAGGGAUUCAGAGCAUCAGCACCUGCGGAGCAGCUGCAUCUCAGUCAUCAAACAUUCACCAAGCAUAUCCAAAGCAUGUACUGCACCCCAGGGUAGUACUAGCAUGUGCGGCUCCACGGCGGUCAAACAGGAAACCGCAGAGAAUGCCAGCUUUACACAAGAUGGAAGCAGUCCCUAUGAACUCCUCAAGAAGUACAUGGCCAGCCCUUUGUCCGGAGUUUACACCCAACCUGCUUCCUUUCUGCAGAUCACAAGGUCAUCCAGUAACUCUCCCAGAAGCUCAGAUGAUGGAGCUGUGAGCAAAUCAUCUGAUGGUGAGGAUGAGCAGCAGGUACCCAAAGGGUCAGUCACGCUUCUUGGGUCUGUAGCCACGCACAAAGUACCAGAAGCCUGGUCAUCAGCUCUGCCCCACAAACUGCGACUCAAAGCCAAGCCCGUCCAAAUUAAAGUAGAAGCCAUCGACCCAGAGUACGAGUCCUCAGCAAAGUUCUCCUCUCCCGUCAACAUUUCAGAGGAAGGAUGCUAUCGGGCCUCUCGGGAAAUCUCUGAACACUCCCAGCCCUCGCUGUGUCCUUUGUCGGAACAGGUCACCAACAUGCAAGACUGGACCCAGCGGUCUGAGCACUGGCAUGGAAGCAGCACAGAAACCCUUCAGGAGCACAGCUUUGGUAGCAGAAAAAUGCAGGGUUUUUUUGGCAAACCACCUGGAGACGAUGUAGUGGACUCUGCAACAAUGUAGGACGAGGGUCUGCGGUGAAGUUGAUGAAAACCCCCACUCGUCACAAGGAGUCCUUAUCAAAAUCAAACCUGUCUGAAUAACCGCUCCACCAUUUGCAUGUUCACUUAUUUGCCUAUUCAGCACCGUUUUGCUCGCUGUGCAUUUUCAAAGAAAACACUUCCAUAGUUUCAAAACCCAAACACCAUGCUAAUUUCACCUGUCACACCCUGUUAGAAAAAGAGAAUGAUAUUUGAAUGUACAAGGUGUACAUGGAUAACGUUGGUAUGAAAGUACAGACUAAAAUGUACGUAUCUUUAUGACUGACUGGUUAAGACUAAAUAAAGAUGCUGGUUCAGCGAGUUUUAGCCGUAGAGAGGAAUGAUGGCGCUCUCUGCUUGCUGGUUUCCCCACAUUCGUCAGAGAUACGGUUUUUGGAAAAAUGAUAAGAACACCAGUAGCCAGCGUAUGUUACCAAUACUGUUUUAAACCAGUGGUUCUCAGCUGGUUUAGAUUGCAGGAAUGUUUCAGUGCAAACUUCUGAAAUAUCUUGCAUUUAAAGGGACUGUUGGCAACGGUUGCGUGGCCGCCUACAGGCUGCUAACUUGGGAAUGUGAGCAGUCUUCAUUGUAGGCAGAAUUCCGCCCCUCAGCACAACGUGAGCUGCAGCGGUGAGACGCUGUCUCUCUCUUUAUGGCGCGCUCUUCUCCAGCAGAUAUCUGUAGCUGUGUGUCAGACUGAUGUUCUUCCACUCCCGCUCAAGCUUGACAAAGUUGCCCAUAAACAUGGCAAGCACCAGGUGGCAGCACAGCAACCAAAUAGCAGAGACAAAUAAUGUGAUUGUAAUUUACCUUUUAUUUUUUGCUCUUUUUUUUUAUGCCCAGGGAAAGACCCGAGACCCACCAGUUGAGAUUGCCUGGUUUAAAUGAACAAACAAUGUCUAUUUUUCACAAUUAGGGGAUAACCUGCAAAAGAUGAGUGAUCGCUCACAUCUGUGUGGUAAACAUGCACACAUCCAUAGCACGAGCACAUGCUCAAAAGCAGCCCCAGAGAAGCGACCAGCAAUUGUCAGUCAUGCUCUUGUUGUGCUGUGGUAACGUUCUAUGGCCCAGUGAAAUUCAUUUGAUUUUCCCAAAUUCCAUUUUUUGUCCCAUUUUAAUUUUUCAAAAUUUGUUUUUUAAAAAAAAACAAAAAAUUUUGACACUUAUUUUGCUAGCAUAGAGUGUGUAAUGCAAAAAUCCUUGCAUUUAUUGAUGCAAUACAUCAUUGGCCAAUUUGGACAGUAUUUCAGAAACAGAUGUGGCUUGGCUGACUUUUCUAAUGGGAUGUCAUCCUCUUCACACAUAAAAUCCUCAGCAAACUGCUCUUACUUUGAAGGCCAGAAGUGUGGUUUGUGUGUUGAGAAUGUCUGCUGACGGUUAAGACGAGCUGGGAGCAAGAAUAAACGUGCCUCUCAUCAUUUCACGCAGAACGUACACGAUUUCAACAGGCUGCGUAAAAUACUCGUUUGAAUUAACAAGAGGUAAAACACAACACUGUGUAAACACACUGAUACAAACUGAGUCGCACACACACAGCCAUUCUCUGUUAAACUAAGCUAACAGCUAGCUUCCAUUCACGCCAUAAGAGAGGAGGUUCAAAGGUUUUUUUGCAACUUUUGCGGGUGUUUCAGGUAGCCAUCUCGACAUGUUUACAGUAGUUCGGGACGGGGCGAGGUAGUGUUUAUGAUGAGAUUCCGCCACAAUUGAGCGGGGGAAAUACGUUCCUUCUCCUCACUGUGAUUGCCUCUGGUGGUGUAAACCGCACUCCCUGACGCCUUAUAAAGACGCGCCAGACAUCGAGUUGGCAGCUCGGGCUUUUAGCUCGAUGCCUUGCGUUCUUAACUCUCAUUGGGUGGACUGUGGAUCGAGCCCUAAGUGUGCGCUAGGGGCGGACCAUUACUUGCACGAAGCAGGAAGAGCGUGCAAUGUGUUUGCAGUACAAUCUAGGCAGCCGCCUAUCGGCAACAUACAGCAGAUUUAAGUUUCCGUAGAAUUGGUUUGGGUGAGCUUUUAGCUGACGUUCUUCUGAUAUUAAGCAGUUACUAUGACAACACGGACACAACGCUUUGACAAAGUUUUAGGAUAGUUAACUGUAUUUCUAUGAUCUAACGUACAAUUUCACAGCACUAAUUGGACCUGUGUAUCGUGUACUUUUCUUAACUGUAGCAAAUCAACUAUCAGAUUAAAUGUGCCUUUUUUCGUGAGUCGUGAAAUGUUGUACAACACAGUUUAUUUAAAAGCUAUACGGCAGUAUGAGCAAGUGCAAACAAAAACCAACAGGCCGAGCUGCGGUGAAAAUCUAGAAACAAAUAAUUAGAAAUAGCUGUGUCCAAAAGAACAGUACAUUAGCUUAAAGCUGGAGAUGCUGGAGACGGUAACACCCAAAACCGAACCAGAAAAAGGACUGAACAUAGAAAAAACUGGAAACCAGAUUUAAGCGUGGAAGCGAGUAGCAAGCGAGCAAACAAGGGAACAUGAAAGUAGUGGCACUGAAUAGAUGACUCAGGUCAACCAUGAGGAAUCAUUAUCUUCGUAAUAUGGAUGCAGGGUUUGUGAGUUGUAUACUAACUGCCAAAUGCAUCCAUCUGCCUCAUUGCUUCGCCCCCAGCCGCCAGACAAAACUGCCUGCAAAGCAGGGGAAAAAAAACAAUAAAAAGCACGACUGUCGAGCAUAACGAGGUACAAUCGUGUCAGUAAUACACAUCAUACCCGCUGAUCAUUUGAGAAGUGACACAGAUGUCGAUUGUUUGUGGAGCUUUUCUUUUCAUUGUAUUCAAUCACGUUACUGUUGUCACUGGCUCCUGCCAGUCGUUAUUCACCUGCUUUCACAAUGCAUUGUUGUGCUUUAAUUUUAAGUAGUCCUUCCACCAUCAAACUUUGUCAACCAUUUUGCCUUAAAACUGGAAUCCAUAAUGUAGUAUUCUUUUUUUUAAAUGUUGUUUUGUGCAAGAAUGUUGUGACAGCUUUACAUUGUGUGGAGACACUCACUGUAGUACACCUCUGCUUUGUAAGAAUAUUUUUUUAAUGCUUUUGUUAUUUGUAAUCAUUUCAAGCGACAUUGUGAACAAGACAGCGCAGUAUUUGCCACUUGAGUUGGUAAGCACAUGAUAAGGCGUACUCACGUUACACCAUUUGGUCCGUGCUUGGGCACAAUGCAUGAAAUAAUAUUCCUGUUAUUGCACUUUGUUAAAAAUUGCACUAAUUUGUGUAAGUGCUAGCCUGAAUAAAGAUUUUGGAUUCAA